AUGUCGCAGCCGCCAAGAAUAUGCAUCAUUGGUGCCGGACCAUCCGGAUUGUCGACACUGUAUCACUUUGCUAAAAUGGAGCAGAUGCCGGAAAUUGUUUGUUACGAGAAACAAAGCACGUGGUUAGGUCUCUGGAACGUUUCGUGGAAAACAGAAACGGUAUCGUUAGAUAAGCGUAGCAUGCCAGAAGAGACAGUUCGUCUAAUCUAUGCUUACGGUUCGAAUGAUCCUAGCGACGACUACUCUAUAACUUACCAUGGCAUCACGCGAGGGACAAAGAGUGCGUCACUUCUCAAUCCUACCAAGACCGAUGUUAAACUUCCAGAUGAUGUCAGGCAUUUCGAUUUCCUCAAUGGUAACUUUCUAGUACCAUCAGAUAAGACGACAUAUAAUUGCAAAGGUUUCAAGCUACCACCAAUAGGAAAACAUCAUAUGAUAAAGUAUGAACCAAUCAUAACACCCGGGAACGAGUUACACGUGCAUCAUAUGAUUCUAUACCGAUGCAAUAUAAAAGACCCUGAUUAUUGGGAUGGAAAAUCUGGCAUGUGCUACAAAGCAAGAACUCUACCACAGUGCCCGAUUGCCACUGUUGCUUAUGCAGUAGGAGGAGGGCCAUAUUACUUUCCCGAUCACGUUGAGUUUCCGAUCGUUGGACCGGGCGAAGAAACGUUCUUUUUACUGGAGACGCACUACGACAAUCCCACCCGUAAAUCACAUUUGAUAGACAAUUCUGGUAUGCGUUUAACACUUACAUCAAAUCUACGUCAGCACGAAGCCGGUAUGUUACUGCUAGGCUCGAUGGCCGACGAAUCGCAAGUUAUACCCCCAGGACUAAACGAUUUCUUAUUCAAGUCUUACUGUACAGAGGAUUGUGUGAAUAAGGCUUUCACUCAUAGCAACAUGUCAGAGAUUAAAGCUAUUGGAGUAAUGCAACAUGCGCACUUACUUGGCGUGGCAAUAGAAACAAGACACUUUAGAAAUGGAAAGGAGAUCAAACCUUUGUUCACAGAUCCCAGUUAUGACUUCGACUUUCAAGAAACUCGACCAUUACCAAAGGAAGUUUCAAUCUAUCCGGGUGAUAGUUUCCAGGUGGAUUGUACAUAUGAUUCGACAGAGAAAAACUCUACAACGUUUGGUGGACUCACGACUCGAGACGAGAUGUGCUAUUCAUUUGUGUUCUAUUAUCCUAAGAUGGAGUUAGGAAUAUGCAUUUCACGUCCUAAGUUGGACAACUUCCCCUUUGACAUAAGGAAUAAACAUCAUGCAUUCGGGACAUAUGAUUGGUCAAGCAAUUUGGAUUAUUUCAUGUCCCAUGCUAAUAAUGGGACUUUCGAACAGUACUGCUUCGGCCCGAAACUACCAGUACAGUGGCCAUUCCCAACUUUCAUACCUCCCGAACCAGUACAGAAAUACCUUCCGCUUCCUACAGACUGCUCUUCUCCUUAGUCAGAGUGUCCUGGUCAAGUUCUUUGAUUCAUUUGACAAUAAAUGUAGCAAGAAUAGGCAGUUGGAAAUAAAUUGCUGCAUUUU